ACAAAGUUUUUAGGAAGUGAUCGAUGAAGUUGCUGCUUCUUGCGCUGCUUGCAUUGGCGGAAGCUGAGCCAAACAUCAGUAAACAAAUUCCCAAGAGCCCUCAGCAUUUUCUUUCUCAUUUCUAUCACAACAGCUCUAACGCAGUGUGCCCUGGGCAUUGCGAUAGUGGGUGGAAUUACUUUAGAGAAACAGAUUCUUGCUACAAGAAUUUCUAUUGGAGUAGCUUCAACGAUGCCGAAAGCCUGUGUCAGGUCAUAGGAGGACAUUUAGUAUCAAUCCAUAGUUUGAGUGAAAACGCUUUUGUAGCAGACUUGGCAAAGACGGGACUAAAUUGGAGCGAUAAAAAUCAUUUGACAUGGAUAGGUUUGAGACGGGCUGAUUAUGUGAACGGCUUUGAAUGGUUCUGGACUGACGGCUCGAGUGUUGACUUCUUCGCCUGGGCUCCUGGAGAGCCGGAUAACUCUUAUGGGAGAGAGCGUUGUGUGCAGCUGUACUCUGACUCUAACACUGGGAGGGAAUAUGCUUUGAUGCACCAGAAAUGGAACGAUUAUACUUGCACGGAAAUCAUGAGAUCGUUCGUGUGCAAGAAACCGGCUUCACAUUAGAAGCGAAUCUUCAAUAAUUCUACUGUUGACUGAAAAUUCA